AUGCGAGGUAUAGCGGCGGCCUGGACCUGCCAGCUGGUGUACCGGCGCAGCAGCUGCGCUGCGGUGUGCCGGCGCAGGAACUGCGCUGGUGUGGCGGCGCAGGGGCUGCGCUGGUGUGGCGGCGCAGAAACUGCGCUGGUGUGGCGGCGCAGGGGCUGCGCUGGUGUAUUGGCGCAGGAACUGCGCUGGUGUGCCGGCGCAGGGGCUGCGCUGCUCAAAUUGAGCCGUGAGCCACUCGUCAACGUCAUCAGGCUCACCACCGUCAUCAGGCUCGCCGUCAUCAGGCUCACCGUCAUCAGGCUCACCGUCUUCAGGCUCACCAUCGUCAUCAGGCUCACCACCGUCAUCAGGCUCACCAUCGUCAUCAGGCUCACCGUCAUCAGGCUCACCACCGUCAUCAGGCUCGCCGUCAUCAGGCUCACCGUCAUCAGGCUCACCGUCUUCAGGCUCACCAUUGUCAUCAGGCUCACCACCGUCAUCAGGCUCUCCACCGUCAUCAGGCUCGCCAAAGUCAUCAGGCUCACCACCUCAGGCUCACCACCGUCAUCAGGCUCACCACCGUCAUCAGGCUCACCACCGUCAUCAGGCUCACCACCGUCAUCAGGCUCACCACCGUCAUCAGGCUCACCACCGUCAUCAGGCUCACCACCGUCAUCAGGCUCACCACCGUCAUCAGGCUCACCACCGUCAUCAGGCUCACCACCGUCAUCAGGCUCACCACCGUCAUCAGGCUCACCACCGUCAUCAGGCUCACCACCGUCAUCAGGCUCACCACCGUCAUCAGGCUCACCACCGUCAUCAGGCUCACCACCGUCAUCAGGCUCACCACCGUCAUCAGGCUCACCACCGUCAUCAGGCUCACCACCGUCAUCAGGCUCACCACCGUCAUCAGGCUCACCACCGUCAUCAGGCUCACCACCGUCAUCAGGCUCACCACCGUCAUCAGGCUCACCA